GGGGUGAGGAAGGCUAACGUCAUAAGCUUGCAACAUGGCGUCCCGAAGGCUGUGAGAUGAGCAAGAGGAUGGUAAAGACCGCUUGAGAACGACCAUACCGAUGUAAGAAGCUUGAGGUGGUGCUCGUGUAGGAAGAGAGAGAGAGAGAGAGGGAAAGAAGGAGGAAAUGGAACUGCCAAAUCAUGCCAAACAACUGCUGCUGCAACUCAACCAGCAGAGAGCCAAGGGCUUCCUGUGUGAUGUCAUCAUCGUGGUGGAGAAUGCACUCUUCCGUGCCCACAAGAACAUCCUGGCAGCAAGCAGCAUCUAUUUCAAAUCUUUGGUCCUCCACGACAACCUCAUUAACCUCGACACAGAGAUGGUUAACCCCUCUGUAUUCAGACAGGUUCUUGAUUUCAUCUACACUGGAAAGCUACUGUCCUCAUCAGAGCAGAGCAGUGAGCAGAACUUCAGUGCCCUCUUAACUGCAGCCAGCUACCUCCAGCUCCACGACCUUGCUGCUCUGUGCAGAAAGAAGCUUAAGCGCAAUGGUGGGAAACCCCUGCCAGGUAAACCCUCCACUCCAGGCCCCCUUAGCCGCUUACGCCUCAACAACCAGCGCCUUUCCUCUUCUACCCCUACUGGCCACAACAACCACUAUCCUCCGACCCCUUCCGAUGCCGACCAGCCACAGCCAGAUGAAGGCCUUCGGGACAAGCUCUCAGAUGAUGAGAUGUUUGUCGGCACCUCUGGGAAGAAUGGGAAUGGGGGGAAUGGAAGCAGUAAUGGUAACCUCAGCAGUGGAGGAAGUGCUGGGGAACCAGACCUUGGACUAGACCUCUCCAAAAAGAGUCCACCCUCUGCGGGCACAGCCACUGAUGCCCUUAGCCCUAAUAGCAACUCCCAAGGAUCCCCUCAAUCUGCCUCAGUAUCCACAACCAACAGUGCCUCACUGGAUGACUCGUCUACCACGCUACCAGGUGCAGACACCUGCAUCUCAGAGACCAUGGACCUCAACUCCUCCUCUAAAACCUCAGAGGAGAUCCAAAACCAGCCAGAGGGUCCUCCGCCACAGAAAAAAUCCAGACAGGGUGCUCGCAAGAAUGAAUGGCCUAAGAGAGAGGCGUCAGGGUUGAAGUCUGAAGAUCAUGACAGGCCCCUGGCUAAUGGGGUAAUCGUUGGUCCUAAAGAUAGCCGCUCAUCUGGGAUUGGUAACAGCUUUGCAUCUGACCAAUCCUUCCAGUGCAAGGAUGAGGAAGAAGGAGGAGAGAAUGGCCAGGACCACAGUGAUGAAAGUGGUCAAAGCGAUGGAGAGAGUGCAGGAGGUGGAGGAGGAACAGCAGGGGGGCACCACAGCGCCAACUACGUGUACAGGCAGGAAGGUUUUGAGCCAGCAUUUGGAGACAACCUCUAUGUCUGUAUUCCCUGUGGUAAGGGUUUCCCCAGUUCUGAACAGCUCAAUGCUCAUGUUGAGACACAUACUGAGGAUGAGCUCUACAUCAAAGAGGAGGGAGGAACCUUUGUGAAAGAGGAAGAUGAAGAGGAGGCAGAGGAUCUUUCUGCCACUGUAGGUCCCUCUACUUUUGGUUCUGAAACGCGCCCAUUCAAGUGUACAGUGUGCAGUAAGAGCUACAAAGACCCGGCAACCCUGAGACAACACGAAAAGAGCCACUGGCUGACCAGGCCCUUCCCCUGCAACAUCUGUGGGAAAAUGUUCACCCAGAGGGGAACCAUGACACGCCACAUGCGCAGCCACCUCGGCCUGAAGCCAUUUGCAUGUGAAGAGUGUGGCAUGCGCUUUACACGCCAGUACCGUCUGACAGAGCACAUGCGUGUCCACUCUGGAGAGAAGCCGUAUGAAUGCCAGCUAUGUGGGGGGAAGUUUACCCAGCAGCGCAACCUCAUCAGUCACCUGAGAAUGCACACCUCACCCUCUUAGAAAUGCAUCAAGCCAAAGAACUCUGGGAAUAGAAAAAAAAAGAACCUUUUCUCUACUUUUUCUCCAUCUCAAAAGCAAAGAAAUGCACACAUACACAUUGUUUAACAUAUUAAUUCCAGUUUAUGAUGCCCUGGCUAAGUGAAUGAUGUAGCGGUUUGCCACAAUGCGCUCUUGGUGAUGGUGGGAUCUUGUUGAUGCAAGGAUCAAGUCGUCGUUUAUAUCAAACAAUGUCUGCUCACCUCUCAGGAGUUCUAGAGGGACAGUUAACUCCUGUCUCUCUCCAAAGUCACAAAGCAAUGGUGGAGUUGCAUAACGUCUGGUCUGUUAAAUGUGAAUGUGGGUACUGAUAAAAUGUCAAGCCUCUCACUGCAUACCCUUCAGCAGCUUUCUCUCUCUUCAGCCUUUGAGUUUUUCAAAUGACUCAAGAGUCCCCUGUGUACUCCAGUGCUACUUUGACCAAAAAGAAAAAAGAAAACGUGCAAACAAUACUGGCAAUAAUUCAGCAAAAAGAUUAUUUUAACCCUGACAGCUUUAUAUGCUUCGUUAUGUUGGUUGGUGAUGGGUAUCUGUAUGUAAAGCCCUUUUCAGACAUGGGAUACGUAACAUUGCUGGCUACCCCAAUCUGUUAAAGCGACGGCAUUCUGGCAUUUGACAUAGGUGGCUUCUACAUUAACGUUCCUCACAGUUAUACAGUCGUAAAUGUGACAGUGACUGAUUAUGGAAAAAAUCCCAAUCAUAAUUAUUUUGGCCAAUAUUGUAGCCUCAGUUUAUGUUUUUACAUAAAUCAAGGCUACAGAGGAGUUUUUCCAGAGGAUUUCAUUGAACUUCAACUAUAAUUGAAAUUAAAAAAAUAAAAUAUGAUUAAAAAGGAGGUGCUCUUGGUUUAUAACAUAACAUGAGAGCUUGGUAGCUGAAGAGAAUGCAAAAAAAGCAGUUGCUUUACUUUGAUAAUUUAGUUUUCAUGAUCAUGAGGAAAAGUUUAUUUAGUUCUCUUUGACACUGUCACUAAGAGUAGGCUUUCUGUUUGUGUGUCUGCUAAAUGGUGCUGCUGAGUUGGCUGUGCACCACCACUUUCUGUCCUCAGAACCUGGAAUAGCCAAAUGUACCACAGAUCUUACUGCUACAAAGAAGCAGAGUUGGUGGGAUAAAAUGCACGAUGCACGUGUGGAGUCACAAUCUUGUGCGUGCCUAUUUGUUAAGGUGAACUACAUGCGUUCAGACUUCUGCUGUGUUGAAAGCUUCAUGUAAAUGCUACCUAUAAGAAUUCCGUCACUUCUUUUACAGAAAAUGAACCAUUCAGGCACAUGUGUUAAGAUGCCAUCAGAUCAAUAGAACAGAAUGCAUGUCUGAAAGGGGCUUAAGAGGAGGGGUAACUGGGUUUGGGACCAUCUCCAUGCUUUAACUGAAAGUUCUUGAAAGAAGGUUCGUGUUGGAGGACACUGAAUUAAGUUUUUGUUUAACAGACGACAAAUGCUCAGUCUUCUCUACAGCUGUUUGCAUUAAUACAGAGAAGAUUUUCAUUAUUUUCAGUUUUGCCUGCUAGUGCUCCCAGGAACGAAUCCUGGUUGGACAGAUGAACCCUUGAGGUACUCGUUUUGCUUAAAGAACUUGUCAUGUUUCAGUGAAUGUUUAAACUGGA